AAAAUUAAGCUUCAAUCCCUCUCAAAAGAAGGUUCCACGGAGGGUGGAGUCCAGCUGAGCUGAAGCUUUAUAAUAUUUUAUUAAUAUGAAAAAGAAGGUUCUUAGAAGCGAAAAUUGCAGAAUUUGUUAAAUGGAUACGCCUCUCCCCUCUAUCAGCCUCCACGGACUCACUGAUUUACCAGAUCCGAGUUCACCAAGUCUCAAUUUUGGGCACACUGGCGUUGAAUUUUCAUUCUCCAAAAAACUGGGUUUUUUCUUGUAACUUCGAAAAAUUCCAGCUGGGCAACCAGUGGUUCUACUAAUCCCUUUUUUGCUUCUGAGUAUUAGGGUUUCCAAGAAAAAAAAAGCAUUGGAGGAACUAGUUCCUUUUUAGGGUUUGACACUUGGGUAUAAGGAAAGUUUUAGUGUACAUUGAGGAAUUGGUUUGAAAUUGUUUGGGUUUUGUGCUGAUCUGGGAGAAUCCGGAAUUUGAAGGGGUAUUGAAUUGUAGACAUGUUCUAUGGUGCGGUGGUAUGGGAUCCUUGGCUUAUUGUAGCCCAAAUUGUUUGCCUUCAAUGUUUAUACUACCUUACUCUUGGAGUUUUCUUGUCGUUUCUUGUUGGCAUUCGCGUUUCUCGUAUGAGUUUGGUCUAUUUCUUUGACUUUGCAUCGGUUACUACCUCUACCGUUACAGGCUGGUGUGUCAUUGCUUCCUUUCUGCUCAGCUCAAUUGCGGGCGCUGGGUAUAUGCUUUAUUUGAUUGAAAGGGCAAAGAAAUGCUUAGAUUUUUCAGCCACACUCUAUAUUAUACAUCUUUUUAUAUGCAUCAUAUAUGGAGGUUGGCCUUCCUCAAUAACAUGGUGGGUUGUGAAUGGUACUGGAGUUGCAGUGAUGGCUUUGCUAGGUGAAUAUUUAUGCAUUAGACGGGAACUCAGAGAGAUUCCCAUAACACGAUAUCGAUCAAAUGUUUGACUGAUAAAGAAUCAGGUAUGAAGAAAUUCCUUGUGGCAUUAAAAUACAUUGUUUCCCACUGCUUUGAAGGAUAUAAUUAUUUAAAAACCAAAUAUAAUCCGCAAUGAGAAAGAUGAAAGAGAGCAACCAUGAAAGUUUGGGAUAGUGGUGCUGAGGUGAUAUGAAGCUGAAGGCAUAUGCAUUUGGGUUUGACCUUUGAGGACUGUUUUCAUAUUUUAGCUGCAUAGCUGAUUAGUUUUUUUAGUUUUUUAAGUCUGCAUAUGAUUAGAUAAAUUUGGGGUUAUCUGACCUAAGUAUUUUCUUGAUCUACAAUUUAUUUAUUUAUUUUUUUCCUUUUCUGGUUUCAAGCAUUUGCCACACAUGUUAAGUAUAAAUGAUGUGAUUUGCUAGUGGAUAAUAUCUUUGAUUUUAGGGUAAACUUCUAAAAUUAGAUAUUUUUAUUUUGAUCA